UACAAUUACGAUAAAACGGUGCCAAAACGUUAAGCGAUAAGCUACAUUUUAAUUAACGAAAUGAUAAUGAAUGUAGAAUUGAUAAUUCGUGACGAAUGCUACGUUAUCAAGCCAUCACUGUGGAAUCAAGCGUUGGGCCGGCUUUUGGGUGGCAGACGUAAUCUCUAUACCUACAGCUAGAUAAUAAAUGAAAAACAAUUCUGAUUUAAGUAAUUCCUUUCUGAUUAGAACAACCACAUACCCACCAUGUCUUAUUUGAAGCAGAUAAAUAAAAUUUGCUACACAAACCACCUUCGUAAAUCAGUAAGAUAUAGCCAUGCACAACAAAUCAAAGAAGUGCCUCGCAGACUUAUUGACAAAGUCUUAAUUGCAAAUCGUGGCGAGAUAGCCUGCAGGGUAAUGCGCACGGCAAAAAAACUUGGAGUCAGAACUGUGGCUGUAUACUCUGAUGCUGAUAAAAAUGCCAUGCAUGUUGAAAUGGCCGACGAAGCUUAUCACAUUGGGCCUGCACCAUCCACACAAAGCUACCUAAAUGCAGCAAAGAUCCUGGAAGUAGCGAAGAGGUCUAACAGCAAAGCCAUACAUCCUGGAUAUGGUUUCUUGUCAGAGAAUGUGGAGUUCUGUGAAAAGUGUGCCAAUGAGGGUGUUAUAUUCAUAGGACCACCACCUACAGCUAUUAGAGAUAUGGGUAUUAAAAGCACAUCAAAAGCAAUAAUGUCAGCAGCAGGAGUACCUAUUGUGAAAGGUUAUCAUGGGGAAGAACAGAGCAUUGAGAGGCUACAGGCAGAAGCAAGUAGAAUUGGCUUCCCUCUUAUGAUCAAAGCUGUUCGUGGUGGUGGUGGAAAAGGUAUGAGAAUAGCAAUGACAGAAGAAGAUUUCUUGCCACAAUUGGAAUCAGCGAAACGUGAAUCUCUAAAAUCCUUUGGAGAUGACAACAUGCUAUUAGAACAAUAUAUCACUGACCCUAGACAUGUGGAAGUGCAGGUGUUUGCUGAUAUGCAUGAAAAUGUAGUACAUCUCUUCGAACGAGACUGCUCAGUGCAAAGACGUCAUCAGAAAAUAAUUGAGGAAGCUCCUGCCCCUGGUCUAUCAGAGGAGACCCGCAAAGCGCUGGGCCAAGCGGCGGUACGCGCCGCCAGGGCCGUUGGCUACGUGGGGGCUGGCACUGUCGAAUUCAUCUUGCAUCGGCGUACGCAUGAAUUCCACUUCAUGGAGAUGAACACACGGCUGCAGGUCGAGCAUCCCAUCACUGAAAUGAUCACUGGUACAGAUUUAGUUGAAUGGCAGUUGCGUAUAGCAGCCGGAGAGCCGUUACCGCUGAUACAAGAUGAAAUCAUACGUCGAGGACAUGCUGUAGAAUGCCGCAUCUACGCUGAAGAACCGAGAGCCGGCUUUUUACCACGCGCUGGCACAUUGCACAGAUUAACACAGCCAAUUCCAGAGAGUAACGUUCGAGUGGAAACAGGGGUGCGAGAAGGCCAGGAGGUUUCAGUUCACUAUGAUCCUAUGAUCGCGAAGCUUGUUGUAUGGGGUCGCGACCGCACUGAGGCUUUGGCUAAGACUAGAGCUAAACUUUCGGAAUACCAGGUAGCAGGCCUAGAAACGAACGUAAACUUCCUACUUCGUCUUAGCGGCUCAAGUGCGUUCGUGGAGGGCGAUGUGCACACUGCCUUCAUCCCGCAACACGAACAUGAGCUCUUCCCGAAAUCUGACACCGAGUUAAGCGAGUGUCGCGCUGUCCAAGCCGCUUUGGGACAUCUCCUGACGGCCCAAAAACAGAGUUUACCCAACGAUAGCUGGAAAGGGAUCAACGUUAAGUCACAAUCCUGGCGGCCCAACUACCAGUUGCACAAGACAGUGCCACUUCGAUUUGAAGAAACAGAUAUCAACGUGACCAUAGAAUACGGCAGAACUCCAAACGCCUACCGCGUUCAAGUGGACAAUGGAGCAUGGCUCGAUGUUGAAGCAUCACUGCAGGAGUCUCAACAAGGAUUACGACUUGUCAGCCUCAUUGGGGAUCAAAUCAGCAACGUCGGGCUUCUCUAUUAUGAUCAGCAAGUCCAUGUUUAUGACGAGAAUGGUCAAACAGUAGUUGAACUUCCUCGUCCCAAAUAUCAGGCAGCGAGUGGCGCGGACGCGGCAGCUAACGCUAAUAAUGCCAGCUCACCUACUCCUGGCGUGCUGGAGAGGGUCCUUGUAAAUAAUGGAGAUAAAGUAGUAAAAGGCCAGCCCCUGUUCGUAGUGAUAGCAAUGAAGAUGGAGUAUGUAGUACGCUCGCCUCGUGACGGCGUGGUGGCCGCAUUGGCCAACUACAACCAAGGAGAUUCCGUCGGCAAAGGCACUGUCAUUGUCACGCUUGAGGGCGAGAACUAAAAUGAAAUUAAUUUUUAUUAUUACCAAUGGUCGGUAAAAGGUGUUCCACAUAGAUGCAUGUGUAGAUAUAGCUACAAGAAGCGACGUAGAGUAGUUAAAACCACCAAAUAUUAAUUAAUUACUUUUCAAUUUCCGGAAAUGGUUUUACUGCGUCGUAAGACGAAACUACUGACCUAGGAAGUCGAAAUUGGAUUUUAGAGUAAUUCUAAUGCGGCCAUGCAAAAAAAUGACGGAACGGCAACAAGGCGGGCGGUUAUCAUGGC